AUGCCCGGAGCAGAGACUGUCGCCGAACGUCGCAGAAAGGUACGUAAAAGUAUGCAAAAAUUGAGAAUCGAAGAAAAGAGUGGGAAAAUGAAAAAGUAUUCCGCUCGAGCGGCAAAGCGACGACGCUUUUCUUAAAAUAACACGCUCUGGUCUAAUGCGUUGCGCUUUGAGGCGCAAUGGACCGCACUUUCCGAGUGCAUCUUGGAAAUUAAGAUAUUCUUUUUCAGGUUCUUGUCGGAGAGCUGCCACCGCAUUUCCUCCGUCUGGCCGUGCCAAUCCAACACCAUGCUGAACCGGAGGUACCUGCCCCUAUCCCACAGAUUACCUGUUUCCAACCCCAUCCAACACAGGUUGUGCAGCCCCGACUCGUCAGUUUCGUGCCUCCGAACACGCGCGGACGUCUCUCGGUCACUAUCCUCGAGGCGAAUCUCGUCAAGAACUACGGACUCGUCCGCAUGGAUCCCUACUGCCGGUUAGUCCACGGAUUACGCCUUCUGCCGGAUGUGUUCCCGUUUAGAAUAGGGGUUUUGCGACAAGUGCAAAAACACGCUGCCUUGCCCGUCCGUGUAAAUUUACACGCUGCUCAUCCCUUGUCAAUUGACGGGUUGCAAUUUUAGAUCGCGGGGGUCUCGCCACGAACGUCCUGUCGUUAGCUUUGAAAAGAAGAAAAAGAGUAACUCGCGUGCCAAGACGGGCGGCCGAAUACAGAAUGAUCCAGACUGUGCGGCGCUCCGUAUUCUGACGGUCCGGUAAUUCGAUUAGACAUUAGUGACUCUAGAGCGCCGGGAAGAAAAACAAUAACGUGGUGGUGCUGGGCCGGGCCGGAAUACAACAACAAUUGUACGAAUCCAAUGUUUUUUUUCACAGUGUGCGCGUCGGCAACGUGGCAUUCGACACGAACGUGGCUGCAAAUGCGGGCCGUGCGCCCACCUGGAACCGCACGCUCAACGCGUAUUUGCCGACGAACGUGGAGAGCAUCUACAUUCAGAUCUUCGACGAGAAGGCGUUCGGGCCGGACGAGGUGAUCGCGUGGGCGCACGUCAUGCUCCCGCCGGCCAUCUUCAACGGUGACAACCUCGACGAAUACUUCCAAUUGUCCGGGCAGCAGGGCGAGGGCAAAGAGGGCAUGAUCCACUUGCACUUCUCGUUCGCGCCCAUCGAUCUGCCGCUGCAGGAGCAGCCGGCCGCCGUGGAGCCGACUCCGGCUCCGUUGCCGGUCGAAAUCACGGAGGAAGAUACGAAGGAGAUCCACGAGAUGUUCCCGACGAUCGAUCAGGAGGUGAUCAAGUGCAUUCUGGAGGAGAGAAGGGGCGACAAGGAGGCGGCGGUCAGUGCCAUUCUCGAGAUGACUUCUGCUUCCGCCUAA